AUGGCCUUCUCAUUCGGCAACACCGGGGCUUCCACCCCUGCAUUCGGCACGCCCAGCACGCCCUUUGGGUUUGGGGCCGGUACUCCUGCCACAGCCGCAGCCAGCACCCCGGCGUUCUCCUUCGGCAAUGCUCCGGCCUUUGGGGCCAGCAGCCCUUCCCCAUUCGGAGCCAGCAGCACCCCGGCGUUCGGGGCCAGCAGCGCAUCCCUGUUUGGGGCCAGCAGCACCCCCGCCUUCGGGUUCGGGUCGGCCCCGGCCUUUGGGGCCAGCAGUACGCCCGGUUUCUCCUUCAACGCCGCGCCGACUCAAGCCCAGACAGCCUCUGCUUUCGGGGGCGGGCUGUUCGGUGGCGCCAGCACCGCCGUCACGCCCUUUGGGGGGGGGCCAAAUGCGCAACAGGCGCAGCAGGCGGCGACCUCGCUGCUCACCACCGACGGCCGGCCGCUGGGGCACAACACCAAGUGGGACGACAUCAGCCCUGCGGCCCAGAACCAGCUGCUGGAGCUAGAGAAGUUCAUCGUGCGCCUGCGGGAGGACUGUGCGGUGCUGGACGCUGACGAGCGCCUGAGCAACCCGGCCGCCGCCAAGCAGCGCCUGCCCGAGACCAGCGCGGCUCUGGAGCAGGACAUUGCGGCGCUGGCCAGCCGGAUCAAGGCCAACGAGUCGGCGAGCGACGCGGUGAGGGACCACGUCAUCCACCUCCUGCGCAGCACCGAGUCCACGCUGCACGCCUUCCAGAGGUCGCAUGCCUGGCGGGAGGCCGCCAAGCUCCCCCCAGGCCAGCCCCUGCCCCCCGCGCUGGUGGAGCAGCUGGGGCUGGGCGUGGUCCUGCCCUCGCCCUUCCUGGCGGCCUCCAUCGAGUCCUACGCCGACCAGGUGGAGAGCCUGCGCCGCGCGCUGGGCGCGCUGCAAUCGGUGCUGCCCGACGAGGGCGAGGCGGCCGCGGCGGGGGCAGCGUUCGCGGGGCCCGAGGGCAUCGAGGCCUUUCACGCUAUGGAGGAGGACACGGGCACCUCCCCCCUGUCCUUCACCGACUUUUUGGAGAAGAUGAAGGACCCUGCAGCGGCCAACCUGGUCAGAACCGUGAAGAGCUUCAUCAAGGACUUUGAGGAGCGGCACAGUCAAGGCAAGGCCACAGCAGAAGACGAUUCUGCACGUGUGCAGGCAUUCCUCACGCAAUCGGAGGAGCUCUUCAGGGUCCACCCCGUCUGGAGGGGGAGUGCGCCCCAGGUCUUGGAUGAGGCAGUGGAGGGUCUGGAAAAGUACCUGAUGAGCAAGGUCUGGCGCCUCACCUUUGCCACCUCGCCCGAGGACGUUGAGCGCGACGAGCGCUGCGCUCGGAUCCUGGACGCCCUUUCUUUCGUCUCCCUGGACACCCUGAUGGGCUCCUCCGGGGUCGAACCCGACCCGGCCCUCCUCAAGGUCGCCGUCGGCGAGUUGCUCAAGAUGGACAAGUACAAGGCGCCUCGCGACAAGCUGGUGUGUCUGGUCAACGUCAAGACCACGGCGGAGUCCCUGGCGCGUCCCCAGAGGCUGGCCUCCACCAUCGAGUACAUCAAGCGGUUUCGAGGGAGCAGCCGGCUGCGGGGCCAAUUUGAUUACAUGCUGGCAAACCUGGAGUCGGUGGCGCUGUACCUGGACACCGUGAACUACGAGCACCUCCACAUCAGCCGAGAGGAGUUUUUGGCCCGCCUCUCGGCCGCCGGCCUUCCAGAAGCUGCCCUGGAGCUGGAGAAGCGGGCCAGCCUGCCAUGCUCGCCCAGCGGGACGGCGGGCCCAUCCGGCGAUGAGCUGGCUGGGUUAUUGGAUGUGGCAACCUCCCCGCUCCAAGCGCCCAAGACUACUGGAGACUUGGAAUCGGACUCCCAGUCCUCGGAGAUAGGACUCCUGGCCCGCGGUUCAUGGCAACAAUGGGAGCGGGUGCACCGGUUGACAACACUACCGGGGGAGCCGCCCUUCAUAGCCGAGCUGGUUGCAGACGGGGUGGGUGCGGUGCUGCGCGCGGAAGCCGCCGGGCAGCUGCAGCCCAGGUACCCCUUCAUGUAUGCCUCCGCCGCCGACCUGAGCCUGGCGGAUGUGGACAGCAUCCUGGCGGGGUACAAGCAGCUGGUCCUGCAGUACGAGGCCCUGUCCCGCUCGGUGGUGGCCCAGCUGACGGGGUCGGAGGAGGGCGGGCGAGAGCAGGGCGCUGAUGGGUUCAGCGAAGGCACAGGAUGGCAAGGGGAGAGCGCUGAGUCACAUGGCUGGCCGGAGGGUGUGGUCCGGGCCGAGAGCAGGGACACACCAAGAGCUGGGACCAGCCCAGGAGUCACAGAAGCGGUCCUCAGUUCACCUGGAAGGCAAGCGAUCGAUGCCGGGCCGCACCUCCUCGACCUGGAUCACCCUCCGUCGGGGUCACCAGGCGCCGCCCAGGCGGAGCGCCAGGAGUCCCCUGCCCAGCGGUCUACAGAGUCAGCCAAUGCGGGCUCCAUCAAUGUGGCCGCGAUCGUCGCACGUGCAGUGCGCGUGAGCGACGAGACCGAGUCCAAGGAUCUGCUGCUGUGA